UUGUGAUGCAGGCAUGAGUCUCUCCGGACUCUCGAGCGCAUAUGGGAGGUAAAGCAGCAUGUUCGUGUGUUCUGCAUCAGUGUGUCAUUGACUCCGGCUCUGCAAGGAUCUUAUCACGGCAUUGCGGUGAGUGGAGAAGUUGUGUGGGAUAGUCUGUGUGUCCAGCACUCAUCUGUACACUGCAGUCUCGCCUGUGACCAGUGUGACUGCUGGCAUCGCUGUGAGGAUCAACUCGACCAUCCGACCAUAUUAAACGGUCUUUCUUCUAUAGAGCUAUAUAUCCUUAUUAACAAACUCAGAGGAUGUUUCCAUUUUAAACUGGAGAACUUCACCUCUUAAGAAGACAUGGGACUUGGACAGUCUAGCAGGACAUCCGUCAGUGAUGACCCAGCGGAGGUCAAUUUUGAGCACUUUCAGAUCUUGAGAGCCAUUGGUAAAGGCAGUUUUGGGAAAGUAUGCAUCGUUCAGAAAAAGGACACAAAGAAAAUGUACGCCAUGAAGUAUAUGAACAAACUUCAGUGUGUGGAGCGCAAUGAGGUGCGCAAUGUCUUCAAAGAGCUCCAGAUAAUGCAGAACCUAGAGCACCCGUUCCUGGUCAAUUUCUGGUACUCAUUUCAAGACGAAGAGGACAUGUUCAUGGUAGUUGACCUGCUGCUGGGAGGAGAUCUACGUUACCAUCUACAACAGAAUGUGCACUUUACAGAGAGCACUGUGAAGCACUACGUGUGUGAAAUCACCCUGGCUUUGCACUAUCUGCGCAACAAACACAUCAUCCACAGAGACAUUAAGCCAGACAACAUUUUACUGGACGAGCACGGUCACGCUCACCUGACAGAUUUUAACAUAGCUGCUAUUGUGAAGGAAGACUUAAAAGCCACAUCUAUUGCAGGGACAAAACCAUACAUGGCCCCAGAACUGUUCCAGUCGUUCGAGGGAACGCACCCAGGUUACUCUUUCUCAGUGGACUGGUGGUCUUUAGGGAUUACUGCAUAUGAGCUUCUCCGUGGACAGAGGCCGUACAUCAUGCGCACUAACACACCAGCCAAUGAGAUCCUGCAAACUUUCCACAAAGCGCACCCCUGUUACCCUGCGGCCUGGUCUUCAGGGAUCAAGUCUCUCCUACAAAUGCUGUUGUGUGUAGAUGCUCAGAAGAGGAUGUCCUGUCUCUCGGAGCUCCAGGACUUGGAAUACCUCUCUGAUGUCAAUUGGGAUGCUGUGCUCAGCAAACAAAUCCCACCUGGCUUCCUCCCUAAUAGGAGACGACUAAACUGUGACCCCACGUUUGAGCUGGAGGAGAUGAUCCUGGAAUCCAAACCGCUGCAUAAGAAGAAGAAGAGGCUGGCGAGGAAGACGAGGGAGAACGGCUCUGAUGGAUCUCCUCAGAAUGGGCAAAUCCAACAACGCUUAGACACUGUCCAAAGAGAUUUCAUCGUCUUCAACAGGGAAAAGUUGUGGAAAACCAAAGCGGACACUGAGACCAACAACCUCAAUGCAGAAGAGACAAACAAAGCCAUUCAAGACGGACAGAACAACAACGUACAGCAUUGUUUAUCAAGUUAACAUUUGACCGGAGGGACACGCCACAGCUUUCUUAUUUCACUCCAAGCUCAUGGCAGAGCAGACGCCCCACUGCAGUUCCCAUGGAAAACCCCCAGAAAAUGCAUGAGAAAAUCCAUGGAAUAUCAUGGGUUCCAGGAUGGAUUCAUCAAGCUAGCGUGCCCCUCAUGCUCCGCAUUCACGCAAAAACUGACGGCGUACGGUGGUUUACAGUGACUGAC